CCAAAACCUCACCCAAAUUCACUGACUGCGUUUUGUCUCUCGAUUUCUUUAGUGACCAUAAACAUCUCUCUCGUCAUCCUCCUCCCACUUUCCUUCAAAACCAAACAACCUGAAUCCUGUUUACCCUCUUUGCUCUUCUCACCAUCCCCGAGUUCUUCACUCUUCACUGGCAAUUCAUCAGUCGUCUCGUUUCACAUUUUGUCCCACCAAAUCAGCAAUGUUGCGGCACUGCAGCUAUCACGGCGUUGCUUUAAUGGCGGAAAACGACAAGAGGAGGCAGGAGAAUGAGGCCGAUCCGUUGAAGUGGGGUGAAGCGGCGGAGUCGACGAGGGGGUGCCACGUGGAGGAAGUGAAGGGCAUGGUGAAGGAUUACAGGAGGAAGGUGGUGAGGGUGGGAGGGGAAUCGCUGACGGUGGGGCAGGUGGCUGCGGUGGCCGAGGCGAAGGCGAAGGCGGAGCUGGAGGAGGGGAAGAGGGAGGGAGUGGAGGCGAGCAGCGCGUGGGUGAUUGAGAGCGUAAAGAAAGGGAUGGACAGUUAUGGAGUGACGACGGGGUUCGGUGCGACGUCGCACCGGAGAACCGGCCGAGGGGUGGCGCUGCAAGCUGAGCUUAUAAGGUUUCUGAAUGCGGGAAUAUUUGGGAAGGGAGCAGAAGCUUGCCAUACUUUGCCACGCAGUGCAUCAAGAGCAGCGAUGCUGGUCAGAAUCAACACGCUCCUCCAAGGUUAUUCUGGCAUCAGAUAUAACAUACUCGAGGCCAUUGCAAAACUACUCAACCACAGCAUCACUCCAUGCUUGCCCUUGCGUGGUUCCAUUUCAGCCUCUGGGGACUUGGUCCCAUUUUCAUACAUUGCUGGACUUCUGACAGGAAGGCCUAAUUCAAAGGCCAUUGGCCCCAACGGUGAGUCCCUAAGUCCGUCGGAAGCCUUCCAUCUAGCCGGUAUCCAUGAAGGCUUCUUCGAGUUGCAGCCAAAGGAGGGUCUUGCGCUUGUUAAUGGAACUGGGGUUGGAGCUGGUUUGGCUUCCAUAGUUCUUUUUGAGGCUAACACUUUAACAGUCCUAUCUGAAGUCAUGUCUGCAAUUUUCGCUGAAGUAAUGCACGGCAAGCCGGAGUUUACAGACCAUUUGACACACAGAUUGAAACAUCAUCCUGGGCAGAUCGAAGCAGCGGCAAUAAUGGAACACAUCUUGGAUGGAAGUGCUUAUGUCAAAGCUGCGCAAAAGUUGCACGAGAUUGAUCCUUUCCAAAAGCCUAAGCAAGAUAGGUAUGCUCUUCGAACUUCCCCUCAGUGGCUAGGUCCUCAGAUUGAAGUUAUCAGGUCGUCAACAAAAUCCAUUGAGAGGGAGAUCAACUCUGUGAAUGAUAACCCUUUGAUUGAUGUAUCGAGGAACAAAGCUCUUCAUGGUGGCAAUUUCCAGGGCACCCCAGUUGGCGUUUCCAUGGACAACACAAGAUUGGCUUUGGCUGCCAUUGGAAAGCUCCUUUUUGCUCAAAUGUCUGAGCUGGUUAAUGAUUUCUACAACAAUGGCUUGCCUUCAAAUCUGUCCGGGGGACGUUGUCCGAGCUUAGACUACGGAUUCAAGGGUGGUGAGAUAGCAAUGGCUUCAUAUUGUUCUGAACUUCAGUAUCUAGCAAACCCAGUCACAAAUCACGUCCAAAGUGCAGAACAGCACAAUCAAGAUGUGAACUCAUUAGGACUAAUCUCUGCCAGGAAGACAGCUGAAGCUGUUGAGAUAUUGAAGCUCAUGACUUCAACCUACUUGAUUGCUCUUUGUCAAGCCAUAGAUUUGAGGCAUUUGGAGGAAAACUUAAAGAAUACGGUCAAGAAUACAGUGAGCCAAGCGGCUAAGAAGGUCCUAACCGUGGGUGCUAACGGAGAGCUUCGUCCUUCAAGAUUUUGUGAGAGAGAUUUGCUCAAGGUGGUUGAUCGGGAGCAUGUAUUUGGAUAUGUUGAUGACCCGUGUAAUGCUGCUUACCCUCUGAUGGAGAAACUAAGGCGAGUGCUUGUAGAACAUGCAUUGAUGAAUAAUGUUGGCUUGGAAAGUGGAUAUGCUUCCAUAUUCCUCAAGAUCGGUGCCUUUGAAGAGGAACUGAAGGCAGUGUUGCCCAAUGAAGUUGAGUCUGCAAGAAAUGCCUUUGAGAAGGGGAUUUCAGCAAUCCCUAACAAGAUUAUAGAGUGCAGGUCCUAUCCACUUUACAAGUUCGUCAGGGAGGAGUUGGGGGCACAGUUUUUAACUGGAGAGAAAAGUCGGUCCCCAGGAGAAGAUUUUGAUAAAGUUUUCACUGCAAUCAGUGAAGGGAAGUUGAUUGAUCCCAUGUUUGAAUGCUUAAAGGAUUGGGAUGGUGCACCUCUUCCACUAUGUUAAGAACCCAGUGAGUGAACUUAACUAGUACUCUCUAUUAGUCUUUUUGGUAAAGCUGUUUGUUUCUUGAAUGGUAAGCAAUAUGAUCCUAUUACGGUUUAUUCUCAA